UCCGUAAGUAUACGAAAAAAAAAAUAGUGACACGUCCACCCACCCUGUCAAACUUCCACAGUUCCCCUGUUCCUGUAUGAUAAUUUUUCAUGUUUUAACUAUUAAAAAUGCCGUUGCGCCUGGAUAUCAAGAGGAAGUUGACAGCGAGGUCGGACCGCGUCAAGUGCGUGGACCAGCACCCGACCGAGCCAUGGCUCCUGUGCUCCCUGUACAAUGGUGACGUGAACAUAUGGAACUACGACACACACUCACAGAUCAAACGAUUCGAGGUAUGCGACCUGCCGGUGCGUGCUGCGAAGUUCGUUCCCCGGAAGAACUGGGUGAUCACGGGGUCAGAUGACAUGCAGAUCCGCGUGUUCAACUACAACACGCUGGAGCGAGUGCACGCGUUCGAGGCGCACUCGGACUACGUGAGGUGUAUCGCGAUACACCCGACACAGCCAUACAUUCUCACAAGCAGUGAUGACCUGCUGAUAAAGCUAUGGAACUGGGAGCGCAACUGGGCGUGCCAGCAAGUGUUCGAGGGUCACACACACUACGUCAUGCAGAUCGUAAUCAACCCUAAAGACAACAACACAUUCGCCAGCGCCAGUCUCGAUACCACCGUCAAAGUUUGGCAGCUCGGCUCCUCAAUCUCCAAUUUCACACUAGAAGGUCACGAAAAGGGCGUGAACUGCGUGGACUACUACCACGGUGGAGACAAACCCUAUCUCAUUAGUGGCGCAGACGACCGCCUCGUCAAAAUAUGGGACUACCAGAACAAAACAUGUGUUCAGACACUGGAAAGUCACACACAGAACGUGUCGGCGGUGUCCUUCCACCCGGAGCUGCCGAUCCUGCUGACCGGUUCCGAGGACGGCACCAUCAGGAUAUGGCAUGCCGGCACGUACCGCCUCGAGUCUUCCCUAAACUACGGUUUCGAACGAGUCUGGACUAUUUCUUCCAUGCAUGGCUCCAACAAUGUUGCCAUCGGUUACGACGAGGGAACAAUCAUGAUCAAGGUCGGUCGCGAGGAGCCCGCUAUAUCUAUGGACGUCAAUGGAGGCAAGAUCAUCUGGGCGAAGCACUCCGAGAUGCAGCAAGUCAACUUGAAGGCACUGCCAGAAGGCACAGAAAUAAAAGAUGGCGAGCGCGUCCCAGUCGUUGCCAAAGACAUGGGUUCUUGCGAGAUCUACCCUCAGACGAUUGCCCACAACCCGAACGGUCGCUUUGUGGUGGUCUGCGGCGACGGCGAGUACAUCAUCUACACGGCCAUGGCGCUCCGGAACAAGGCUUUCGGCACCGCGCAGGAGUUCGUCUGGGCCUUCGACAGCUCUGAGUACGCGACCCUCGAGAACUCCAGCACCAUCAAAGUCUUCAAGAACUUCAAAGAAAGAAAGAGCUUCAAGCCCGAGUAUGGAGCUGAAGUUUAUAUGACAGGAAUUUAUGGCGGCUACAUGCUGGGAGUUAAGUCCAUCAGUGGGAUGGCGUUCUCGUUCUACGACUGGGAGAAUUUGGAACUCAUUAGACGUAUUGAGAUUCAGCCCCGCCACGUGUACUGGUCGGAGAGCGGCAACCUCGUGUGCCUGGCGACAGACGACUCCUACUACGUACUGAAGUACAAUGCAGCUGUCGUGACGCGAGCGCGAGAAACUAACACCAAUAUCACCGAGGACGGUAUCGAAGACGCCUUUGAGGUUGUCGGCGCAGUAACGGAAGUGGUGAAGACCGGGCUAUGGGUCGGCGACUGCUUCAUAUACACAAAUUCGGUGAACAGAAUAAACUACUACGUCGGCGGCGAGAUCGUAACGAUAUCUCACCUCGACCACACCAUGUACAUUCUCGGAUAUGUCGCCAAGGAGAACAGACUGUACCUGAACGACAAGGAGCUGAACAUAGUGUCGUACUCGCUGCUGCUGUCGGUGCUGGAGUACCAGACGGCGGUGAUGCGCGGCGACUUCGAGACCGCCGACCGCGUGCUGCCCACCAUACCUCACGAACACCGCACCAGGGUCGCGCACUUCUUAGAGAAACAAGGCUUCAAGCAGCAAGCCCUCGCUGUAUCGACGGAGCCGGAGCACCAGUUCGAGCUGGCGCUGUCGCUGGGCGAGCUGCGGCGCGCGCGGCAGCUGGCGGAGGACGCGGCGGCGGCUGAGGGCGCGCCCUCGCGGUCCGCGGCCGCGCGCUGGUCGCGCCUCGGGGCCGCCGCCGCCGCCGCCGCCGACACCGAGCUCACCAAGAUGUGCUACCAGAGCGCCAAGGAUUACAGCGCGCUGCUGCUCUUCGCUGCCAGCACUGGUGACAAAGCCCUGCUACGGAGCGUGGCGCUGAUGUCUGCGGAGGACGAGUCCGACAACAUCGCGUUCGUUGCGUACUACAUGCUGAACGACCUCGACUCUUGCCUCAACCUGCUCAUCAAGCGCGACAAGCUGGCUGAAGCAUCCUUCUUUUCCAGAGCAUACAUUCCAUCGAAGAUGUCGGAGGUGGUGAAGAUGUGGCGCGACGCGACGAGCGCGUCCAACAAGAAGCUCGGCCAGUCGCUCGCCGACCCCGAGAAGUACGAGAACCUCUUCCCGGAGUUCGCGCAAUCUCUGGAGCUGGAGCGGUAUCAGCGCGAGAUCGGCUACGAGCGUGCUAACCAGCUGAGCGCGCUGGCGCCGAACGCGAGCACCUGCAACCUGGAGCGGAACCUCGCCGCGGAGAAGGAGGAGGCGGAGCAGCGCGGCCUGCUGCCCGCCGCCGUCACACACCCACGCGUACCACUUCCAGAUAAUGGCAGCGUAAUAGAGAGCGCUCCAGCAGACAGCAGCGGCAUCGUGGAGUCUUCGAAGAUCCUCGCUGAGUCCUUGGACAGGAUAGACGACGACCUGGAGCGAGAGAUCGAGGACCUGAUGCUGGACGGCUCGGCCGGCAGCGUGGAUCUCUCAGAUGAAGCCGACUUAUUGGACUAAUUUCUAAGUGUAUUUAAAACUGUUUAUUAUAUAUUACAGUACAGAUCAUAAAAAAAAACAUUGUACUUCAUAAAGUGCUAAUUCCUUAUAAGAUUAAAGUAUUAUACUGAUUUGC